GUCCCCGUGAUGUAAGAAGCCCCCCUUUCCGCUGGCGGGGGCGCGCGCCGGCGAGAAGAGGAAGAGGAAGACGAGGAGGAGGAGGAGGAGGAGGAAGAGGAGGAAGAGGAGGAAGAGGAGGAGGACGCAAAGUUCUCCCGAGCAGAGCAGAGCAUCCUCGAGUGUGAAUUUCCAUUUUUGUUGUCUGGACAUUUCCGGAUUUGAAGCGAGGCGCGCGAUGAGCGCACCCGCGGGUGCCUCAGUGGACUUGGUGCUGCGGCGGUGAGACGCGCUCGCCAUGAUUCGGGGAAGCCUUUUGCCGCUUUUGCUGUCGUGCGCGCUGGCCAACAGGACUUCGGAGCCCGAGUCGGAGUCGGUGCCCUUCUUCCACGGCCACGUGUUCGAGAACGCGUCGCCGGGCUCCCGGGUCAACGGGCUGAGCGUGCCGCUGCGGAGGUUGAACGCGCGGCGGCUGUGCUCGGAGCUCGGCGCCCAGCCCCGCUGGAGGCUCCUGGGCGACGGCGGUGACAGGUUCCGCGUCCUGGCGCACCACAACCGCGGCCACAUCCUGCUCAGGACCUGCGGGGUUCUGGACCGCGAGGAGCGAGCCGAGUACGCGCUGGGGGUCGGCGCGUGCUGCGGCGGGCCGUGCGCGGAGGUGGCGACCGUCAAAGUGGACGUACUGGACAUCAACGACCACCGGCCCGCCUUCCGGGGCACCGACGUCAGGCUCAGCCUGGACGACGCCACCCCGCUGCGCACGGUGGUCUACACGGUGGCGGCGCGGGACGAGGACAGCGGAAAGAACGCGGAGCUCUUCUACUUCGCCGCGCCCAAGAACGGCACUUUCUACGUGGUGCCCAAAAGCGGCGACGUCCUCCUGGUGGACUCCAUCCUGGGCCGGGACGGACCCAUCAAGUUCACCGUCUUCGCCCGGGACCGAGGCUGGCCGCCCCUCACCAGCGACGGCAUCGGCGUGGAAGUCAACCCGCGCCAGUGGCUCUCGGGCACGCGAGAAAAAACACCCGCCCGGACGUCCCGAUCCGUCCGGGACGCGGAGGCGAGCCCGCUUGUCGUCACCGUGUCCGAGGACGCGGGCAUCGGCUCGGUGGUGAUGAACCUGAACCCGGUGCGCUUCCAGGCGGCGGCGUUCGAGCUGGUGGAGCCCGACGCCGAGAGCUCGCCGGUCAGCGUGGCCCGGGACGCGGGGGAUAUUGUCAUCGCGCGCCGGCUGGACAGAGAGACGGAGCCACGGGUGGAGAUCAGCGUCAGGGUGCGCGACAAACGAGGUCCCGACUGGUACCUGGUCCGAGUGGAUUUAACGGUGACCGACGUGAACGACAAUGUUCCCGAGUGGCGCAUGGUCCCGACGCCGUACCUGGCCGUGGUGUCGCCCGACGCCUCAGCCGGCUCUCUGGUCUACCAGCUCCACGCCCAGGACGACGACGAGGGGCUCAACGGCGACGUGGAGUUUUUCCUGGCCGACGGUGGGGACGGUCGCUUCGAGGUGGACCGUAAGAGCGGUCACGUGCGGACCACCGGGCUUCCGCUGCAGCACGACCGCGAGUACCUGCUGACCGCGGUGGCCGCCGACCUUCUGGGGAGCCGCAGCGUCCCGGCCGUGGUGUCGGUGGUGGCGGGAGCCAGGCCGCCCCAGUUCGCCAACGCCUCCUUCACCAUCGCCAUACCGGAGAACACGCCCGAGGGGCAGCCCUUCCUGGCGACGACGGCCGUCUCCUUCCAGAAGCAGCCGAUGGGCUACAGCCUGCUGAUCAACCCCAGCAGCCUGUUCUCCAUCUCGCCCGAGGACGGCCAAAUCAGCCUGACCCGGCCCGUCGACUACGAGAGCGACCAGCGCCGCUACCUGCUGCUGGUGCGAGCCGGCGAGGGCCAGGACGGCAUGAGCAGCGCCGCCGAGGUGCGAGUCAUCAUCGUGGACGAGAACGACUGCGUUCCCGAGUUCCUGCAGUCCAUCUACAGCAAGGACGGCGUUCCCGAAACGGUCAUGACGGCCACGUCGCUCCUCCAAGUUUCCGCCAGCGACUGCGACUCUGAGAAAAAUGCCGAGUUGACGUACUACACGCUGAGUCCUGACUUCACCGUGUCCCCGCACGGCACCAUCUUCCCGGCCGGACCGCUGGACUACGAGAGGCCCAACCAUCUGUACGAGUUUGUCGUGAUGGCGGUGGACAAGGGAGCGGUGCCGCGCACCGGCACAGCCACCGUGAGGGUGCGCAUGGACAACGUCAACGACGAGCCGCCCGAGUUCUCGCAGCACGUCUACCGGACGUUCGUGUCUGAGGACGCCGGCCCCAACACGUUAGUGGCCACCGUGCUGGCCAAAGAUCCCGACGGAGACGGUAUCACGUACCGCAUCGCCUCGGGCAACGAGGAGGGCAACUUCGUCAUCGACAGCCAGAAAGGUUUGAUCCGUCUCCGCUCCAACCCUCCGCCUCACCUCCAGGGCGUGGAGUACAUCCUCAACGUAACGGCGACGGACGACAACGCCUCGGGCGGCCCUCGUUCCCUGUCGUCCACGGCGCAGGUGGUGGUCGGCGUGGACGACGUCAACAACAACAAGCCCGUCUUUGAGAAGUGCCAACAGUACCGGGAAAAGACGACGGUUCUGGAGAAUCAGCCGGCCGGGACGUUCGUGCUGAAGGUUCACGCCGUGGAUGCCGACGAGGGUUCCAAUGGCAAGGUCACAUACGGCUUCAUGCACAAAGACUCCACUGUGCCCGCCUUCAGGGUGGAUCCUGACACAGGGACGAUUGUCACGGCCAGGAAGUUUGAUCGCGAACGCCAGCGGGAGUACGCGGUGACGGUGACGGCCACCGACCAGGCCAACGACCCGCUGAUUGGCAUCUGCCAGCUCAACAUCCUCAUCGUGGACCAGAACGAUAACAGCCCCAAGUUUGAGAACAUCCGCUAUGAGUAUUUCCUCCGGGAAGACACGAUGAUCGGGACCAGUUUCCUGCGAGUGGCGGCCCUCGACGACGACUUUGGGACCAAUGCUGCCGUCACGUACUCCGUGUCCAGCGAGCAACCGGAGUACCUCAGGGUCAACCCGCUGACCGGCUGGGUGUUCGUCAACCAGCCCAUCUCGCAGAGGACCUACAUCACCCGGGAGAUCGUGGCCACGGACGGCGGGAACCGGAGCAGCUCGGUGGAGCUUGCGGUCACCAUCACCAAUGUGAAAAACCAACCGCCGCAGUGGGAGAAGGAAAGCUACGGCGUGGUCAUACCCGAGAACACGGUGCGGGACACGCCCAUCGUGACCAUCAAAGCCACCUCCCCACUGGGGGACCCCAGGGUGACGUACAAUCUGGAGGACGGCAUGGUCCCAGAGACCAACAUGCCCGUCCGCUUCUAUUUGACGCCCAACCGGGAAGACGGCUCAGCCUCCAUCCUUGUGGCGGAGCCUCUGGACUACGAGACCACCCGCAACUUCAUGCUGAGGGUCCGAGCCCAGAACGUGGCAGCCGUCCCGUUGGCUGCCUUUACCGCGGUCUACGUCAACAUCACAGAUGUGAAUGACAACGUCCCCUUUUUUACCUCCUCCAUCUAUGAGGCCUCAGUCACAGAGGGCGCCCAAUCAGGAACUUUGGUGUUUCAGGUGUCCGCCAAUGACAUGGACUUGGACCUCAAUGGGAAGAUCGCCUACUCGCUGCUUGAGGAUCGUAGCGGGGACCACCAGUAUUUCCGCAUCGACCCCGAACUGGGUUUCAUCUACACUCAGACCGUUUUUGAUCGCGAGACCAAAAGUUCGUACCUGUUGGAGGUCCAAUCGGUGGACGGCUGGGAGUCUGCGAGGCCCGGCAAACACGGACAGCCCAACUCCGACACGGCGUACGUCCGCGUGUUCAUCAGCGACGUCAACGACAACAAGCCGGCGUUUGCCCAGACCACGUACGACGUGGACGCAGACGAGGACGCCGACGUGGGCUUUGCUGUCCUCACCGUCAGUGCCAACGACGGCGACGAAGGCGGGAAUGCCAAACUGCGCUACCAGAUCACGUCUGGAAACACGGGAGGCGUGUUUGACGUGGAACCGGAAGUGGGGACCAUCUUCGUCGCUCAACCUUUGGACUACGAGCAGAACAAAAGGUACAAGCUGCACGUUCUGGCUUCCGACGGCAAGUGGGAGGACUACACCACGGUGUCGGUGAACGUGGUCAACAAGAACGACGAAGCGCCCGUGUUCACCGUCAAUGAAUACUACGGCAGCGUGACAGAGGAACUGGACGGUUCGCCCGUCUUUGUCUUACAGGUGACAGCGUCCGACCCGGACAAGGAUGCGGACCAGGAGGCUCUCCGCUACUCCCUUCACGGCCAGGGCGCCGAGAGCGAGUUCAUCAUCGACGAGGUGACGGGUAAGAUCUACGCCCAGAGGACGCUGAACCGCGAGGAGCGCUCCGUGUGGCGUUUCGUGGUGCUGGCCACGGACGAGGGCGGCGAGGGCCUGACGGGCUUCACCGACGUCAUCAUCAACGUGUGGGACAUCAACGACAACGCGCCUGUCUUCACCUGCGCGCCCAGUUGCCACGGCGACGUGGCCGAGAACUCACCGGCCGGCACGUCGGUGAUGGAGAUGACGGCCACCGACCUGGACGACGCGGCCGUGGGCCAGAACGCGGUCCUGUCCUACAGGAUCGUGGGCGGCUCGGACGAGGCGGGGGGCGUCCCCGCAUUCGCCGAGAUGUUCGCCAUCAACCAUGCCACAGGAACUAUCGCGGUGGCCAUGGGCGGCCUGGACCGGGAGAAGGUGGAGUCCUACAUGCUGGUGGUGGAGGCCAGGGACGGCGGAGGCAUGGUGGGAACGGCCACGGCAACCGUUCAGAUCACGGACGUCAACGACCACGCGCCCAGAUUCCUCGAACACGUCUGCCUGGCCAGGAUCUCGGAAAACGCAGAGCCCAACGCUGAGGUCCUGGAGCUGAGGGCAGAGGAUCGCGACACGGGCGAAAACGGCCAGCUGACCUUCAGCGUGGUGGCCGGAGACCAGGAGCAAAAGUUCUACGUGGUCAGCAACAAACUGGAGCAGCGAGGAAGCCUCCGACUCAAGAAACGACUCGACUACGAGAAACACGGCGAGCAGCGAUUCAACCUCACCGUCAAGGUUGAGGACUUGGACUUCUCCAGCCUGCUUCACUGCGCGGUGGAGGUGGACGACUACAACGACCACGCCCCGGUCUUCAUCCCCCACUUCCUGUCUCUGGGCCCCCUGUCAGAGGACGUCCCCACGGGGACCAGCGUGGCCCACCUGGUGGCCAGCGACUCGGACUCAGGCCAGAACCGCCAGCUGGUCUACAGCCUGUCCCGGGACUCGGACCCGGAGGGGCUCUUCGCCGUGGACCAAUCGGGCGUCCUGACGGUGGCCCGGCCUCUGGACCGGGAGAGGACGGCGCAGCACCGCCUGGUGGUCGUCGCCACGGACCAGGGCGCGCCCGCCUUGUCGGGUAGCGCCACCGUGGAGCUCCCCCUGCUGGACGUCAACGAUAACGGGCCGCAGUUUGAAGUUGUGUACGAUCCGGUGGUCUUUGAGAACCUUCCGGGACCUCAGGUUGUAAGCAUGAACCAGACAUCCACGCUGGUCCGAGUGGUGGACCGCGACUCCCCGGAGAACGGCGCACCUUUCCGUUUCGCCGUCCCCGACGACUAUCGCCACGGCAACGACUUCUACCUGAAGGACAACCUGAACGGGACGGCCACGCUUACGGCGCUGCGAACGUUCGACCGCGAGCGUCAGAAGGAGUUCCUGAUCCCCGUGGUGAUGAGCGACAGCGGCCGUCCUGCCAAAACGGUCACUGGCACACUGACCGUCACCAUCGGCGACUACAAUGACCACGCACACGUUGGCGGGGAGAAGACCAUCUUCAUCAACACGCACAGAGGCCGCAUGCCCACCACCGUUUUGGGGAAAGUGUACGCGCCCGACCCGGACGACUGGGACAACAAGACGUACGUCUUCGAGGGUCACGUACCCGCUUACUUCAUCCUGAACAAGCGCACGGGCUUCGUGGUCAUCAAGGAGAACGCGCCGUCCGGCGACUACCACUUCCUGGUGCGCGUGGCGGACGGCGUGUGGCCCGACUCCGUUUCCGCGGUAACGGUGCACGUUCGAGAGCUGCCUGAUGAGGCCGUGCACAACUCGGCGUCGCUCCGCCUCGCAGACAUGACGGCCAAGGAGUUCAUGGAGCCGAGGGGCAAGCAGCACAGCCGCUUCGAGCUCCUCUCCGACUUCCUGUCGGAGAUGUUGUCGGUGUCGCCGUCCGACGUCAACGUGUUUGGCCUGAGCGACGUCCCCGGCCGCAUGAUGGACGUGCGCUUCGCCGUGCGCGCCGGCAGCGCCGCCUUCCUGCGGCCCGAGAAGAUACACGGUUACCUGGCGGCGCACAAACAGAAGCUUCAGUCCUUCCUGCAGGUGCGAGUCUACCAGGUGCGCGUGGACGAGUGCCCGCAGUCCGAGUGCGGCGGGGCGGGAGGCUGCUCCAGCGUAGUCGACGUCCGGGACGCGGCCACCGUGGUGGACUGCGGCUCCAGGAGUUUGGUGUCCGUCACGGUGGAGGCGGCCGCCGUCUGCGCCUGCCCUGGGCGCCAGCAGACGCAUCAGCCCUGUGACGCUUACCCCAGGAACCUGUGCUUCAACGGAGGCGUGUGCGUGGACACGCAGCAUGGCUACAGGUGCCAGUGCCCGGCCCAGUUGGAGGGUCCCGAGUGCCAGCAGAACAAGCGCAGUUUCCGCGGCAACGGCUACGCAUGGUUCCCCCCCAUGACACCGUGCUUCGAGAGCCACGUCUCGCUGGAGUUCAUCACCGAGGUGCCCGACGGCCUGCUGCUCUACAGCGGGCCCCUGGCGCAGCUGCAGGCCUGGGACCACGAGGACUUCAUGGCCCUAGAGCUAAUAGACGGGACCCCCACGCUUAAAAUCAACCAUGGCUCCGGCACGGUGGUGCUACAGUUGCCUGGCAACGUCAACGUGGCCGACAGGCGCUGGCAUCGGCUGGACAUCCGCAGCAACAGCAAGGAAGUGCGCUUGACGCUGGAUCGCUGCUCGGGGGCGGCUGUCAUGGAGAUGGAGGGUCUGGGAAGCUGGCUGACCACCGAGGACCACUCGUCCUGCGAAGCGACCGGCACCACGCCCAACACGGACCGGUACCUGAACACAAGUCAAGUCUUGCAGCUGGGCGGAGUCAACGAGGACAUUCCGUACAUUUACCCUCAGCUGCAACACAAACACUUCACGGGAUGUAUCCGCAACCUCAUCGUGGACAGCAAGCUGUACGAUCUGAGCUCCCCGGCCGACUCGCAGUCCAGCUCACCGGGCUGCCAGACCACCGACGGCAGCUGUGUCAACAUGGGCUACCCGUCGUGUGGACGCCACGGUCGCUGCCAUGGCGAGUGGGGCUCCUUCAGCUGCCAGUGUGUGCCCGGAUACAGUGGGCAGCAGUGUGACGAGGAGGUUCCGGAGUACUCCUUCGAGGGCCACAGUCACGUGCGCUACCAGCUGGCCUCGCCGUUGCCGGCCCGUAGGACGGCGGUGCAGAUCCUGGUUCGAACCCGCAAGCACAGCAGCACCGUGCUCAGUCUGAGCUCCAGAGAGCAGAGCGAGUACCUGAGACUGGAGAUUUGUCAGGGCCUGCUGGGCGUGUUCUACAACCUUGGCGACGGCGACCACAACCUGAGCUUGCCCAUGUACCGCCUGGACAACGGCGAGUGGCACCAGGUCUCGCUGGAGCGUCACGACAACGAGAUGACGCUGCGGCUGGACGGCGGCGGCGGCCGGCGGGAGGUCACGGGGGCGUCGGGGCGCAGCCGGGAGAUCGUCAUCGACCCCACGCUGGUCAUGCUGGGCAACACGUUCCCGUCGACCCUCAACAAAAGCUUCCAGGGCUGCAUGAGGGAUCUGCGGCUGAACGGCCGCUACCUGCCGAUGGACAGCCAGACGGCGCCGGAGGGCGUCUCGCAAAUCAGCGCCCAGGGCCUCAACCCGGGGUGCCCCUCCGACUCGUGCAAGAGGAACCAGUGCAGCCCCCCCUUCACCUGCGUGGACCUGUGGCGAGUGCACGAAUGCAGAUGUCCUCCGGGCCACAUGAUCCGCGUGAACGGCAGCAGGAAGUCCUGCGUGUACACUUUGUGCGCCACGCGUCCGUGCCACCGCGGCACGUGCGUGGCGCAGUCGCCGUCCACGUUCACCUGCCAUUGCCCCGACGGCCACCGGGGGCGCCUGUGCGAGACCGCGCUGGCCGUGUACAGCGACGACGUCGGACUCAGCUUCAGCUCGCUCUUCGCCAUCUGCAUCUGCUUCAUGGCCCUGCUCGCGCUGCUGCUGGGCAUUUUCCUGUACACGCGCUGGAGGAGCUACAAAGGCCUGAAGGAGGGCGUGUACCACGUGUCGGCGCACCACGACGGCUGGGAGGACGUCCGGGAGAACGUCCUCAACUACGACGAGGAGGGCGGCGGAGAGGAGGACCAGAAUGCGUACGACAUGGCCGAGCUCCAGAAGUCGCUUCAGCCCAGCCCGGCGCAGUCGUUGCAGUACUGCCGUUCCCGGGCGCUGCACCACCCGCUCCCGCCGCCCCCCCACCACCACCAUCACCUCCUCCACCAGGCCCCGCCCACCCCGGCCUCCACCCAGCCGCCGGACCCCCUCGGCCGGACGGCCGGCUCCGGCACGCAGCCCCCGUCGGCGUCCUCGUCCGCCUCGGGGACGGCCCGCGGCCCGCGACGGGACGUGCCGCCCGCCCGCUCGCCGGCCCGGGGGCAGGCGCGGCCCCCCCGCCGCUCGCUCUCCUUCUCCAGCCAGGAUCUGGCCCGCUACCUGUGCGAGAUCAUCCGCGACGCCGACCGGCACCCGGACACGGGGCCCUUCGACUCCCUGCAGGUGUUCUCCACCGAGGGCGGCGGCUCCCCGGCGGGCUCUCUCAGCUCCUUCAGCUCGGCGGGCUCGGACGCCGGGGACGGGGCGGCGGCGGACGCCCGGCGCGAGGAGACGCUCGGGGAGUGGGGGCCGCGCUUCGAGAAGCUGAGGGCGCUGUACGAGCGGGCCGAGGCCAGCGACCUUUGAACUCCGGGCGCGCGGGACCCUCUCGAGGAGCGGCGGCCUCCCGACAAACACGCACGCGCUCACGCACAUGUUGACUCUUGGUGUUGUUUGCUGUCGAUCGAUAUGCCGGCUACGGAACGAGCCGGUCGAGCUUCGGGACGUCGCUUUGGGGCGGGGCGGCAGACCCCCCCGUCACCAUCGUGGACGCCGUCCGAGGGCCCUUAAAUGUGAAAAAUGUUUUUUUAUCCGCAGGCACAGCAGAGACACCUAAAAAUGUAUUUUUCGCCUCUUUGCCGGUUUGUUUGUUGUGUAAAUAUUCACUGAACGGCCACUUUACGAGGUACACAACAAAGCACAUAUAUAUAAUAUGGAAAUUAUCUGUUCCUGCGUCAAAACCGUGACUAUUGUAAAACUUACAAUGUGUGUGGCCUCAUUCGCUCGACAGUACAACUAAAAUUGAAAACAUCCUUUUGAUUCAAAAUGUAUUCAAUUUGCCAAAAGAGAAAAAGGAUAUUUUUGUUUAAAAAUGUAAAAAAUGUUUUAAAUUGAAACAUUGAAAGUGAAACAUUUGAACAUUGUAUGUUUAUUAUUUAAAAAUGGUUACAAACUCUAAUAAUUGAAAUUAGUGACAAUGGGAACAAACAAAGGCUGAAAAUUAUUUUUUUUAAACUUAAAAUUAUCCAAACUGUGUGAAAAUUGUCUCAAAUGAGUGAAAAUUGGUUUUUCAAUACAAAUACUGAAAAGGGUUUUAAAAAAGUGAAUGGUUCGAAAACUGUGAGAACGGGUCCAAAAUGGAUGAAAAUGAUUUUGAACGAAGUGAAAAUUGACAAAAAAUAAAAAUGAAAAAUUAAAAUGGUACCGUGUUUAGAAAGUGACAAAAUGGUGAAAAUGGGUUAGAAAAACCGUGAAACUCGUCAAAAAAUGGGUGAACAUUUUCUAAAUAAGUGAAAACUGAAAAAAUAAAUAAUCAUCCCAAAAAAUGUGAAAAGAAACUGUGAAAAGUGGUGUUCAAAUGAUUGACAUUUUCUCGGCUUUGUUUCCCAGAUUUCACAGCUGGGCAUUUAAUUUGUCUAAACUUAUUUUCACUUUCGCCCGGUUGCAAUAAUAACAGUGAUGCAAAAAUCUAAAAAAAAAACCAACUAGAUUUGUAAUCGUUAGCAAUGGAUAAGAUAGCGUGUCGCUUUGAGUCCAGGAUGCACACGCAAAGAUUGGGUGAAUGAAUUUUGAAUUUUUGUGCUAAUUUCUAAUCUUUUUUUCCCCAUCCAUCCAUCCAUACAUCCAUUUUCUUCCACUUAUCUGAGGUCGGGGGGCAGUACCUUUAGCAGGGAAGCCCAGACUUCCCACUUCCUCCAGCUCAUCCGGGGGAAUCCCGAGGCGUAGCCAGGCCAGUCGAGAGACGUAGUCUUUCUAGGGUGUCCUGGGUCGUCCCCGGGGUCUCCUCCCGUUCCAUUCUUCCCUCACACGUGAACAAGACCCCAAGAUAAAUCGGUGACAAAGGGCAGCCUUGGUGAAGUCCAACCCUCACCGGGAAAGAGUCCGACUUACUGCCGGAUAUGCGGACCAAACUCUGACUCCGGUCGUACAGAGACCGAACAGCCCGUAUCAGGGGGUUCGGUACCCCCUACUCUCGAAGCACCCCCCACAGGACUUCCUGAGGGACACGGUCGAACGCCUUCUCCAAGUCCACAAAAUACAUGUAGACUGGUUGGGCGAACUCCCUUGCACCCUCAAGGACACUGCCGAGGGUGAAGAGCUGGUCCACUGUUCCACGGCCAAUACGAAAACCACACUGCUUCUCCUGGAUCUGAGAUUCUACUUCCCGACGGACCCUCCUCUCCAGCACCCCUGAAUAGACCUUACCAGGGAGGCUGAGGAGUGUGAUCCCCCUUGUAGUUGGAACACAACUUCCAGUCCCCCUUCUUAAAAAGGAGGGCCAUCAUCCCAGUCUGCCAAUCCAGAGGCACUGUCCCCGAUGUUCACGCGAUGUUGCAGAGGACAGCCCCACAACAUCCAGAGCCUUUAGGAACUCAGGGCGAAUCUCAUCCACCCGUGGUCUCUUAGCCGUGCUUUGUCUGGUCCCUUUCCACCGAGGAGCUUUUGAACCACCUCGGUGACCUCAACCCCAGAGAUAGGAGAACCAAGACUCUGCUUCCUCAUGUGAAGGCGUGUCGGUGGAAUUGAGGAGUAUUCUCCCUACCGGCUCACAACGUCCCGAGUCGAGGUCAGCAGCGCCGCAUCCCCACUAUACACAGUGUUGGUGGUGCACUGCUUCCCCCCGUCAGAUGGUGGACCAGAAUUUAUUCGAAGUCUUUCUCCAUGGCCUCACCAAACUCCUGUCACGCCCGAGUUUUUGCCUCAGCGACCACCAAAGCUUCAUUCCGCUUGGCCAGCCGGUACCCAUCAGCUGCCUCAGGAGUCCCACAGGCCAAAAAGGCCCGAUAGGACUCCUUUUUCAACUUGACGGCAUCCCUCACCGUUGGUGUACACCAACGGGUUCGGGGAUUGCCGCCACGACAGGCACCGACCACCUUACGGUUGGCCGCCUCUGCAAUGGAGGCGCGGAACAUGGACAAUCCGUGAUGAGCACCGAAGUCCAAUAACAGAAUACCUAUUGGGUUCUGAUAGGGGGGGCUGUUCCUCCCAAUCACGCCCUUCCGGGUAUAACUGUCAUUGCCCAUGUGAGCAUUGAAGUCCCCCAGCAGGACAAUGGAGUCCCCAGCUGGAGCGCUCUCCAGCACCCCUUCCAAGGACUCCAAAAAGGGUGGGUACUCUGAACUACUGUUUAGUGCAUAGGCACAAACAACAGUCAGGACCCGUCCCCCCACCCGAAGGCGGAGGGAGGCUACCCUCUCGUCCAACGGGGUGAACCCCAAUGUACGGGCGCCGAGCCGGGGGGCAAUAACCUGCUCAACGCCUCUCACCGUGGGCAACUCCAGAGUGGAAGAGACUCCAACCCCUCUCAAGAGGACUGGUACCAGACCCAAAGCCCUGUGUCGAGGCCAGCCCGACUGUAUCUAGUCGUAACUUCUCGUCCUCACACACCAACUCGGGCUCCUUCCCUGCCAGAGAGGUGACAUUCCACGUCCCUAGAGCCAGCUUCUGUCACCGGGGAUCGGAUCGCCAAGGUCCCCCCACCUUUGGCCACCGCCCUGCACCCGACCCCUAUGGCCCCUCCCACAGGUGGUGAGCCCAGGGGAAGGGGGACCCAUGUUAUCCUUUUGGGCUGUGCCUGGCCGGUCCCCCUGGGUGCAGGCCCGGCUACCGGGUGCUCACUUUCGAGCCCCACCUCCAGACUUGGCUCCCCCCGGUGACCCGCACCCGGGCAAGUGAAAACGUGAUUCAAUCAUUUCACUCAUCAUAGGGGGUCUCUUAGCCGUGCUUCGUCUGGUCCCUCAGCUAGGACCUGUUUGCCAUGUGUGACCCUGCCAGGGGCAUAAAGCCCCAGACAACUUUGCUCCUAGGAUCACUGGGACACACAAAAACACCCCCACCACAAUAAGGUGACAGCUAUUUGUUCCCCAAAUAUUACGUUAUCACGUUCUCGAGGUUUUUGGAGGCCACAGUUUGACCCAGGAACAGACUAAUUCAAUAUGCAUUAUUUCCUAUGGACAAAAUGUUUGUUUAAAAAAAAAAAAAAAAAAAUUCAAAGUGUCAAAAGUGUGCAUAAUAAAGUGGCCCGAUAUGGCAGCGUGUGACACGUUAGCUCCAUCUAGUGGCGGCCAGAUGGAAGCGUUCACUGGUGUGUUUCGGCCCAAUUGCGUAUUGGCGCUGUUUUCUCUCUCGCACGCGCGAAGUGCUAGUUGAUACCGCGCCCUCGUCCUUGUCUCCAUUUACCGUCCCCCCCAGGAGGGGCCCGAGGGGGAGGGGGCGAGGCCGCAACAAACCGUUCAGACAGGCUGUGAACAAAGACGCGCUCAUUUUGCUGGUUUUCCGCUUCAGGAAAAAGUGAGCGUUGUCAUUUGCGUGAAUAAAAGUCAUCGGAAAAGCAGCAGGGAGUUUGUGAGUGCAGCAGUUUGUAUAAAUUUAAAAUUUUCUGACCUUUUGACAAUUUUGUUUCACCAUUUACACACGUUUAUUUUGCAGUUAUGGAACUUUUUCAUUUAGCAUUCUUUUUUUGACAAUUUUCAUUUUUUUUUUUUGGGACUAUUUUUAUUCCUGUUUUUGGGACAAUUUUCACAAUUGUGUGUUCACCAUUUUCAUUCAUUUUCAAACAUUCUCCCUAAUUUUGCAAUUUUUAACUUCUUUUUUGAUCAUUUUCACUCAUUUUUGAAAAAUAAAUCACUUGUUUUCAAAUUUUGAAAAAUGAUUUAAUUUCACACAUUUUGGACCUUUUCUACUGUUUAUUUAGCAUUUUACUUGACCCAUUAUCUACUUUUUUACUUUUACUACCAUUUUUUUGUAGUUUUCACAACCAUUUUCAUGUUUAAAAUAAUUAAAAAAAAAAAAAACAUUUCGCUUUUGUCAGGAAAACUUUUAAACCAUUUGAACCAUUUUUGCAGUGUCUUGACAAAUUCCAUCUGUUUUGGUGAUUUUUUUUCCACUUAAACAAUUUUUUAAAACAUUUUUAAAAUAACUUCAAAUAAAUUUUUUAAAAUCCCAGUUAUUUUGCUAUUUUUGCAAAUAGUUUUUAUCACGCUGAAUGCAAUUUCCAAUUAUUUUUGGAUCAAAUUUUAAAACAUUUACAAGUAUUUUUGUAUCCAUUUUUCAUUAUUUCUUUACAUUAUUUACAUUGUUUUGUCUAUUUACAAUCAUUUAACAAAUGCUCCAAAAAUGUUUAACCAUAUGACUUUCAUUCAUCAUUUUCACUUUUCUGUGACAAUUUUGCACAGGAUGAAAAUGGGAUUAUGAUUAGAUGAAGGUGAUGGGGAUGAGGAUGAUGAUCUCAUGCGCAGGGAGGAAGAAGAAGUGCUGCAGUUUCCCAAAAAAACUAAACAAAAAAACAAAAAAAAAGGGUUUAAUAAAAAGUCAAGAAAAACUGUCACACUUUGUUUAUGGAAAUACAUUUAUAGCUGCUAUUUGGACAAAAGUAUUGAGACAGCUACAGGAAGUCACGCCCCACCCAAAAAAAGGAAGGUCACCAAUUUUUGAUAAAUUUUAUAAUUUGCAUAUUUUUGUUAAUUUUCACUUGUUUGACAUUUUGCACACCUAUUUUGAACAUUUUCAGUUUUUUACUUUUUCAAACCAUUGCCACAGUCCGUAUUUUGUAUUUUUUGAAACAAUUUUAAUAUUUUUUUAACCACUCAAUAUUUUUGGCAAUUUUGACUUUUCUUAAAAAAUAAAAAUCAAUAUUUACUUUGACAAAUAAGUUUUUUUUUUUUUUUUUUUAGCUCUUUUCAAUAUUUAAAAAAAAUAUUUUCACAUUUACUUUUUGAUCUUUUUCACCCAUAUUUUGACCAUUUUCAGUCAUAUUGUUAAACUCAUUUUUAAUCAUUGUUACCUUCGUUUAAAAAACUUUUUUUAUUUUUUUACCACGCGUUCUUGUCAGUUUUCACCCAUAUUUUGACCAUUUCACUCUUUUCUCCCCCACUUUUAACCAUUUUCACGUUUUUCUUUGGCUGACUGAUUGAUUCAGAGGCGUUUCCCAAGACUUUUGUCCACAUGGUAUUCAAGAGGGACAUUUUUGUUUUGGCUUUGGUUUGUGACGCUUUGUUUCCCUUCGGGCUUGGGUGUCGUGUUGAGGGCGCGCGCGUGCACGCUUUUCACCUCAUGUUGUACAUACUGUCGACGAAAAAGAUGAUUUACGUGGCACGUUUGCUGUUGCUGCUUGUGACAAACGAGAGACGCAAAGUGGAAAACAAACUAAAGAUGGAAGAAAAAAAAAAAAAAACAUUUUCUUAAAAUCAUCUGUGAUGAUGAGCUUUGAAGAGUUUUGUGCUUUGUAUUUGCUCAUUUGUUUUCCUCAAUAAAUUCAAUUUCUUUGCACCAAA